AUGGCAGUAGUACCCGUACCCGCGGCAAUUAGGGUUAGUAGGUUGAGGUUCUCACCCACCGUCACUGAACUCCCACUCUCCCACUCUCCCAGUCCCAACCCUCGUUAUCUCUUCCACGUAUCCUUCAAGGUUCAAGCUGCCUGUCGUUCCUCCUCCGCGCCGCCUCUCAGUCCCACAUCCUCUGCGCUCCCUCCGUCCUCCAAGUCGCGCACUAGACAAGCCACCCCCGUGCCUCCUCUGCAUCGUAAUCGAGCCUCGUCUGGCUCCUCCUCGGCGCCGCCUCUCAGUCCCACAUGUUUCUGUAUGGAGUUCAUGGCACUGUGCAACUCACGCAAGGCGAGGGAAUCAAACCCUGCGUGCCAGGUGGAGGUGAAGCGCCGAACCGACGAACACCCGUCGCAGAUCACGGUGACCUUCGUGAACGGCGUCGAGCAAGCCUUCGAUGCGACCUCAACCCCUGCACAGAGCAUAAGGACCAUGAUUCUUGAAAAAGGCCAAACUCUAGAGACCGAGCAGAUGUUUCGAGAAGCUGGUGUGUCGUGGCCCGUCAUCAUUCCCAAAGAAGAGCUAUCUCAGCCCGCACCUGGCGUCAAGCCCAGGAAAGCAGAGGAGAAGAAGCAAUAGUCAUGUAUUGUUGAACCUACCAACAGCCAGAAAAUGUUCCAAUUUUCUCACACAUUCUCUCAUUUUUUUUGGCGGGGAGAGUACAACUGCAGUAAUUUCAUCCUAGAAUUUGUUAAGAAAAUAUGCUCAUGGUGUUCUGUUUUAAUUAAGGAAAUAUGCUAUUAUAUGCAGAAGUUGUUUUGGCUCAUGGUGUUCUAUUUUAAUUUUGAUUUUAUUCUGACUUUGUAAUUGUGUAUUCUGAUUUUUAUGUAUUUAUGAUAUGAUUUAUGUUAAUUUUAGACCCUCAUUAAUUUUAAUUUUAUUGAUAUAGGCGUUUUCGAAUUACUUCAUGGCUAGUAAUGCUAGAGAAGACACACAAAGCAACAGUGUUGCAAACUUUUAAUGAUGAUGAAGAUGUUGAAAGUGAUCAAGAUUAAGGGUUGAAGCUCCUUUUAUAUUUAAUAUUGUAAUUUCUUUAUUAUGGUGUUAAAUUUUUAGUUAUCUAACAAUUUUUUUUUAAAUUUCAAGUUAUUUUAGCUAAUGACAUUGUAUGAAUUUUAUGUUUGUAUUUUAAUUUGUCUAUGAAUUUUAAAUU